AUGGAACCAAGAAAGGAAAGCCAAGAAAGGAAACACCAAGAAUGGAACCGGUUUAUCUCUGAACUGCCACAUAUAUGUAAAUUAGAAAUUAAGAGAUGCAUUCUUAUCGCAGAAGCAAUUGUUAUUGAGUUACACGAAUUUUGUGACGCCUCUGAGUUAGCUUAUGGAGCUGUAGUUUAUUGUAAAUCCGUCUCCCAAUAUGGUGAAGUAGUGAAAAGGCUUGUAACAAGUAACUCAAGAAUUUCUCCUAUAAAGCAAGUUGCCAUACCAAGAUUAGAGUUAUGCGCAGCUGUAUUGCUUGCGAAGUUAAUGACUCGAGUAAUAUCUGCUCUGAAACUUAAUACGAAUAAUGUAUUUUUCUGGAGUGACUCUAUGAUAGUCUUGUCUUGGCUGCAAAAGGAGCCUGCUGUAUGA